CGUCUUGGGGUUCAUGGCCACAUGUUUUGUUUUGGUUGGUCCAGAGAAAGAAAGAUUUGGAGAAAAUUUUCUUUCAUGUCGGGUUUAUUUUUGUCGACGGAAAAUUUUCUUCUCUCUUUCUAUUCGACGAGUCCGUUUCAUCUCCUCCGGCGAGAAUCUUCCACGGGAAAUCAUUGAGACUUUGUCGAAAUCGGAAGGGAUCAUCGAAUCGCGAGGUCAAGGGAGCUAUGAAGUUAGGUCGGUUAGCAAAAACUUUAGCAGGUGAUGUUAAUGGGAAACGACGAGAAAAAGGACUUCUCCCCAGAUCAGUUAGAGCUGGAAUAAUUGGAUACCCUAAUGUUGGAAAAUCAUCUUUGAUCUAUCGUUUAUUGAAGCGCAAAAUCUGCACUGCAGCUCCAAGACCAGGCGUAACUAGAGAAAUGAAAUGGGUGAAGCUUGGGAAAGAUCUGGAUCUGUUAGAUUCACCCGGAAUGCUUCCUAUGCGUAUUGAUGAUCAAGCAGCUUGCGAUGACAUUGGAGAGAAAGCUUAUGACUUCACCGAUGUUGCUGCAAUCCUUGUACAGAUGCUAACACGGAUUCUAGAAGUAGGCGCAGAGGCUCUUUACAACCGAUACAAGAUUCAGCUAGAAGGUAGCUGCGGUAAAAAAUUCGUGAAGACGCUUGGUCUUAACUUGUUUGGUGGAGAUAGUCAUCAAGCAGCAUUUAAAAUACUAACCGAUUUUCUCGUUGAAGAGACAUCCAUUGUGAUGAAGACUCCGUUUCACCAGAAAGUCUUUUCGUUGCAUUCACUUACAACAAGAAACAACGCCAGUCACUAUCUGAAUGACUAAACAAAUACCAGCUUAAGUGAGGCUUAUGGAGUUUAAUGCUCAAAAUUAUGAACUAUUAAUGCCUAUAUAUAUGAUGUUUAUGUUUUGAUGUAUACAUGUUUUUGUAUUUAAGACUCGUAGAUAUAAAAAAAGUGGGUUGUUGAAUAUC